AUGCAGCUCCUCGAUCGGCAGGCCGCCCUCCGGCUCCUGGCGCUCGGCGUUGGCGCCGUGCCGCGUCCAGCUGCGUCGGACGCCGACCUGUCGAGCGUGGUUCGCCGAGCGGUGGUUCGUGGCGCCCAGAUUGCCGACCAGGCCGACUCUGUGUGGCAGCAGGUGGCUGGCGAGGUCGUGCCGGCGUGGCAGCGUCCGCGCGCCCUCCCGCAGGCGACCGUCCCGCCGCCGCUGAUUGACCGCGAUUUCGCGAGGGUGAUGCUCGACUUGCCGCUCGAGGUUGCAGCGAGGUGCGGCGGGAGCACGAGCGCCGCGCUCCAGGCUCAGGUCCCGAACGCAAGGCAAGACGCGGUCCUGCUGUACAAGGACGGGGCAGCGCCGACACCGCUGCAGAACGAGCCCUUCUACGGCGCCCUGAGCAGGGCGGGAGAGCCACCGCCCGGGACCGCCGUGCGUGGGUUCGCUCCGUCGCUGAUCGCCGCCGCCUCGGCCGGCGACUUCUCCAACUCGACGCUGUUUGGCUUCGAGGCGUACGCGCGGUGGCGCGUGCUGACCGCCGCGCUCUCGGACGAGCGCGAGCCGGAGGAGCGGAGGAGGCUGCAGCGGUGCUUUUACCAGGCGAUGGGCGACGCGAUGCUCGACGGGCCUCUGCGCGACGUGCCUCUGCCGGAGUCGCCUCGGCCGGGCGUGCCGCGGUCGGGGCAGUCGCUGCAGUCGGCGGUGGACGGCUGCGGCAGGCUGCUGGAUGCGAUGCGAGCCAAGGGCCUCUUCUCGCGCUACUCGCUGCAGACGACCCUCGGCUCGGGCUCGGACCUCUUCGACGAGGGCGACUGGCAGGACGGAGGCUCCACCGGCUGGCAGUACGUCGUCAGCGGCUCCGCGCUGGUGGGCGGCUCGCAGCUCGCGCAGGACCGCACCGCCGCCACGGGCCGCGGCGCCGGCCUGUACCCGGGUCAGCUGCUCACGGCGCCACUCUCCGCCUUUUUGAGGCGGCGAGGCGUGGCCGCGCGCCUGGAGGAGUACUUCCUCGACAACCGGGUGGGCCGCCCGGACCCGCGCACCUUCUCCGAUCCGCGGUACUACUCUGACGUGCUGCUCGAGGUCGUCGCGUUGGAGGAGCCCAACGUGGGGUCCAGGUCGGAGGGAGGUAACUGGUAA